GCAAGAUACAUAUAUUUCUCUCUUUUGUAACUACCAACGAGUUGUUUCCGAACAUAACUCACUUACAGAUCUCUCUCUCUCUCUCUCUCGUUCUUGCAAGAUCGCAAUGUUAGAUCCUUCAGCUAAAACCUACAGUCACCACUUGUGUUUCCCAAGUAUUCCUAAUGAUCACUCAGACUCCGGCGUCUGUUCUCCUACUCUGUGGAGUACAAGUCCUCCUCGUCACCGUCCCCAAGAUUACUCAAGCCUUUCUCCGGAUUCAAAGGCUCAGGCUAUCGCUCGUGGCCAAAGAGAGCUUAUGGAGAUGGUUAGUAAGAUGCCCGAGUCGUGUUACGAGCUUUCCUUGAAGGAUCUUGUUGAAGUAAGGGGGAAAGAUGAGAAUGAGAGGAAGAUCUUCGAUGAGUUGCCUCUGAGAAGUAGUAAGGUUGUGAGGAAGACGAAGAGUGUUAAACGGGCUGAACCGAGUAGAAAUAGUAACAGUGGGUUUCUUCUGAAAAUGAUGUUUCCGUUUAGCUUUGGAUCUAAGAAGGAUACGAGUAAGAAGACGAAGAAGAAGAUGAAGGGGAAGGAUUCUGUUAAAGAUUCUCAGGUUUCACCGAGACCUUCGAUCUCUGAUGAGUCUGUGAAAACAGAGGAUAGAGAUUGGUGGAAUAGAUUGUCUGAUUCGAGAGGAAGUGAGAGCACAAAGAGGAGUGGUAGUAGCAAUAGUAACAGCAGUAACAUUAUAAGGGAUAAAAAAAGAAGCUGCUUGUUGUCUUUCCUCUGGAGUGUACGUUCACGAGCCUAAGCCAGCUUCUUGGCUUACUUUAAUAAAGCUUUCUUCGGAAUGGUUCCAAGAAUAGUGGAGAUGAGACCGGAGAGAAUGAAAACCUUUGAAUGUGCGACGAAGAUGACAACUUUUCUCCUAAAUUUUGCUUCUGUUUUUUGUAAGCAUAUGGAUCGUUUUGGAUACGAUAUUAAUUAUGUAAAUAGAGUUUAAUGUGCACUGAUUAGUCUCUCAAAUUAUGGAAUUUUGAAUCCUUAAUGUACUGCAUGUGUAGCUUAACUUUGUCUUUUUGGGUCUACCACUUAUUAUUAGCCUUCUUCCUUUAUGCACUAAAAGAUUAAAAC